GAAACAGGCUUGUAGGGAUACUUAUGUAGUUACUUGUUUUCUUCCGUCAACCAUACGUAUAUAUAUAUAUAUAUAUAUAUAUAUAUAUAUACUAGUUUACAGCGUAUUUUGGUAUUGAACGGCGGGGAAGUUAAUCUUGCCAUGAUGAUAUUUAUAUGCACGUGAACUAUUUGCCAACAUGGAAUUUGAAACCACGUAUUACAAAAAAUACAUGCAGCGUAUUUGUAGGCCCGUCCCAAGGGAAAAAGGCGACCUCUGAAACCGAGAUGAUUGGAGCUUCGUCGGACUUUUAAAGAGAAUGGGAGCGAGACGGGGAGGACUGGGCAAAAAUCCCUCAAACCCAGGCCUAAAGAAUGUAUAACGUUUGUAACGCAAUGCGUGAACAGGAGAUCGAAACAGCUGGGAACAGCAUAAGGAAUGCGACAAAGGAAAAAACAACCUCUUUUCAGAUCUCAAGCCUGAUGCGAACAAUAAGGGGAGGAAGGGACAUACCGGCGAAACGGAACAAAUGAAGAAAAUAAUAAGAUAAAGAAAAGGCACUCUACCUGAAGAACUGCGGCACCCAAACGGCGCUUGACGUACGGUAGACGUAGAAAGCAGGCGACGACACGACGACAGGACUGCACCAAGCGAUAAAAAGGCUUCCAGCGGAAAGUUUAGCUGAAGAACAGCGGCCCCUAAACGGCGGUAGACGUAGAAAGCAGGCGGCGACAGAGUGAGCUGGGCGAUGAAAAGGAUCUGAGGAACCUGACCACGGAGAUUGGUUGCCAAUCCAGUUGUGGCCUUCCCUGCGUUCCAGAGGAUAUAUAUAUAUUUUUUAACGAUCCCGUCACGGGAGCCUUAUCAAACCGUAAGCACUGUGUACUCGCUGAAAAAAGACGGUAAAGAGCGUGGUGCCAAAAAUGGAGAGAUCACGUACCACGAACUGGAUUUUUGGGCUGACUAAAAACUGACCGAGCGAAUGGAGAGACGGUAGAAUGCGCGAUGGCCGAUCACGGAAGCAGGGUAAAGAGAGUCUCUCAAAAAUUUGUGGACUCAGCCGGGGAUCUGCGUAGAGCGUCGGUGAAAGCCAGAACAAACCAACGUGUAGCACGUGUACGGGGUCGAGGAUCCAGGAAAGGUGCAGAUGUACUUCGCGACUGAAGGACAAACCGACGACAAAUGGCAGCUAAGCCGGUUAAGCGAAGGAAGAAAUUAAUCGAAGAGGACUUGUAACUUUAGGCAUCUAAAGGGGAUGCCGCAUUGUAGCAGCCGCAAAUUGUACACAGGUUAACUGUAAAUGACUCGGCAGAACAAAAUUACUGUAACUGUUUGCUUUCGUGCAAGCUAAACGAAUAAUGACCAGGUCUACAAUAGCAGAAGUUUAUAGCUAGACAGUGUCUCAAAUCUCGACCAAUGAAUACAGUUGUACCAUAAGCUACCUAGUCUUAUCAUGAUUAAAGUCUAGCCAUGAAUAGGGCCUUGAAAACAGGGACCAAUCUGCGCGAUGCUAAGAAAAAUAUGAUGACAAACAUACGACAAAUUAGUCAGGUUCCAACCACGAACAGCUUUUGUUUGUAUCUUAAAAUUAGCAUGCUUUCAUUCAUAAAUAAGGCUUUAAAGAUCGAACAGAGCAUACAUUGGGGCAGGCUACCUUAGCCUACCCCCCUGGGGCUUCAUGUUCCAUUAACUGCAUUUACCAUCUGGUAAAUGUCUUAUAAAAUUUUCAAAUAUUGGUAUAAGGCAACAGGGUGCAAAGAAAAUCAGUUUUGUGGUUUGCCAUUCAGGCAAGCUGUAGUUAAAUAAAACAUGUACUUGCCCAAGAGUCAUUUUAACUAUAGCCCAAAAAUAUAUUUUGAUGAGCAGGAUUGAUAACAGUUCUGUAAUUUGAAUUCUCCUAAAAAUUUCACUCACCCAUCAGGCAAGUUAAGAAAAGAAUUCACUUGCCCGAUAGCAAAAUCCACUAGCCAUGGGCUAUCGAAAGCGACUUUCUUUGCACGUUGGGCACCCCUAGUUAUUAUUAAGCUCUGUUAGUAAGAAUAAUAAUUACGACUAUCUUUAAGCAAUUUUACUGUCACGCCAGUAAAAUGUAGUUAAUGGAACGUGACGCUAGUUACCAAUAACCCAUUCAUGGCGGCUCUUUUUCAACAAAGCAACUGUGUAGUCAAGCUGCCAAGGUCAGUGAACUCUAAGACGCAUUGUAUUCUAGCGUAGAACUUCCGGCCUUGUUGUCCUAAGCAGGCUAGUACGAGCCACAGCAUUGGCCAAUAUUUUCAAAGCACUAUUCAUGGCUAAGAGUCUGCACAUGCAACUCUGAACUGUCUUAUAGUACAGCCUUUACUACUGCCUAUGCCAGCAGACACGCGUCUAGCUAUAAAAGCCUAGUACAACUGUUCAGAGUUUACUUGGGUUCCAGUGUUCAGCAAGGUUUAAAUGCUAAGUAUACUAUUCUUGUAAAAAUUUUUCCCUCCCUCCCUCCCAUUGGAGACGAGGUUUGGGCUUUGUUUUGUGCUACGCCUUCAAAUAAACUAGGGACACUCCUCGCAGUGCGGUUAAGUCUGCGCAGCGACUUCCCCCAAGCUUGUUGGGCCGCAUUGCCGUUUAACAUCGCCUGCAAACCGAUACUCUCGUCCGAUCUAACACGUGCUGUAUUGCAUUCAGCUCGUAGUGCUGGGGAGAUAAGUGAGGUUCUUUGCUCACCAGUACUCUUGUCCGAUCCAGCACGUGCUGUAUUACAUUCAGCUCGUAGUGCUGGGGAGAUAAGUGAGGUUCUUUGCCCAUGCCAUCGCCGGAAGUCGCACAGGCUAACCUAGCGCAAGGCAGUGCUCCCCCAUUAUCGCCAACUUGUCAUUAUUUGUUUUAUAAUUAAGUCACUUCGCGUUUAGCAUGCAUCAUAAAGGAGCAGAGACAUUAACUGUCUUAAAAUACAGCUCUGAUCUUGUAAAUGGACAGCUCACCUCAAAAUCUACUUCACUGGACUGGAUUAGUCAAGUGAAAAUACUGUUUUGCAACGUUAUUUAUAUGUCAAGUAAAAUUCAUAUUUUUAUGGUCAUUAUUCCGCAGGUUCUGUUGUCAUUUUGCUGCAAAAAUCUGAAGAUUACAAAGUUCUAGCAGUUGGAAAAGUUGUUGAAGUUGAUGCCCACAUUUCUGUGCCAGAGAAGCAUGUUCCUGUCUUUGUAGCAUCUAUUGAGGAAUGUGCCUCUGCUAUACUUGCACCUGGCAAUGUUGUGUUUUGGCCCACAGAUCUGCUUGCAGUGUACAGGUCUCCAACAAUGGGAACUGCAGAAACAUCACAGACAUCCAAUAGUAACUGCAACAGUAAAAUUUCUGACAUCCCUCCUGGCAGUGAGGAAGAUCGCUAUCUCAAUUAUGGGUUGCAGGUUAUUCAACUGGGAAUGAUGCUCAUGCAGCUUAAUGAUACAGAGGGUGAG